AUGAGUGAAGAGGGAAACAAAGGUUCCAGCCAGCCUGCUAAGGGCUCCCUCCAGAGGGACUGGACCCUCAUUAACAGCAUCUUCCAGGAGAUGUUGGAUUUGAUACAGAGAGCAAAGAAUGCCAUAACUGAAUAUUUCAGGAUAUUGGAAGAAAUGGAGCGAUGCCUGCAGCCACAUAAAAAGAGUUACCUGGAAGCCAUCCAAAGGCAGAAAGAAUAUAUAAGCACCUUGUUGCGCCGGAUUUUCAGCCUCCUGUGGUCUAGAGAUAUCCAUCCCCUGAGCCAGAAUUUGCCUACUGCAGCCACUGCAGCCACUGGAGCCACUGGAGCCACUGGAGCCACUGGAGCCACUGGAGCCACUGGAGCCACUGGAGCCACUGGAGCCACUGCAGCCACUGCAGCCACUGCAGCCACUGCAGCCACUGCAGCCACUGGAGCCACUGCAGCCACUGUCGCACAUGGGCAGAGUAAUAUUCAAGUUCCGGUUGCCAACCCCUUGCUAUCCAAACGUGGGACUGAUAUCUUGGACGCUAGCCAGUCGAGGUCCAAGGACUAUGAGACCGACUCAAAACACAAAUACCAUGAGAAGGAGAACCCCAUGGGCCUCCUUAACCUUGCCACCAGCCAGAACCAGCUCUGCCUCGAUCUGAUAACUGAAAGGACGGUUGUCCUCAAUGGCUGCUGCUCUGUCUUCUAUGCAUUGACGAUGGUUCUGGGGGAUCCGGGGGAGGCCUUUCUGGUCCCAGUUCCCUUCCAUGGUGGCUUCGCCUUUAGCUCUCAUCUGUUUGCAAGAGUAGAGUUGAUUCCUGUGUACACGGAGAACACGACGAUUUCUGAAGAGGCUUACGCUUUCCAGGUCACUGUAGACAAGUUGGAGAUGGUCUUGCUUGAUGCUAGAAUUGAGGGAAAAACCGUCAGAGGUAUUGUGCUAGUCAACCCUCAGAAUUGUCUGGGUGGUAUUGAUUCCCAAGAGUCAUUGAUGGAAUGCUUGUUAUUUGCUCAGAGGUAUGACCUCCAUGUGAUCGUAGAUGAGAGUUACAUGCUCUCUGUGUUUGAUGAAGAACUCAGGUUCUCCAGUGUUCUGGGCUUUGAAAGUUUGCCUGACCCUGAAAGGACCCAUGUGAUCUGGGACAUGAGUUUGGAUUUUGGCAUUGCUGGCUUCUGUCUUAGUGCUCUGUACACCCGGAAUCAGAAUGUGGUCACUGCUAUGCGUUCCUUUGGCUGCAUCCAUGGUGUCUCUGGCAUCGCGCAGUACAAGGCUGCUCGAUUGCUCCAGGACUUAGGAUGGAUUGAGGAUCACUACCUGCCCAUUAACCACACCCGGCUGAGGGAAGCUCACAGGUUUGUCACUAGCAAGCUGAAGGAACAGAAGAUCCCAUUUCUCCCUUGUAACUCUGGCUUCUCUCUGUGGAUCAACCUGAAAGAUUACUUUUAUGACCCAGGUUCAUUUGAUGAAGAACUGUUCCUCCAUCGUCGCUUCCUGAAAAACAAUCUGAUAUUAUCCCAUGGCAAAAGCUUCAGGUGUAAGGAACCUGGAUGGUUCCGCCUUGUCUUUGCAGAAAAACCUCCUCAACUCGAAGAGGCCAUGAAUCGGUUUCUUCGAGUGCUAGAGGAACAGAAGCAGUAUCGAACAGAGAGACUACUAGAGGAUGCCCUGAAGGAGUAG